AUGGCUGGACCACCUAGUAUCAUUUCUUCCAGGAUGACGGAUGUUAACUCCGACGAUGAAGGCAACAAGGAGGCACAGAGCUCAACCAACGGAAAUCGUCGUAGCCAGUUGGAAAGCCUCUCACGGCCAGGGACCGCAAGAACCGGACUCUCCUCGAGGACUCAAAAUCAACCCCUACGCCAUGCCUUGGGCAAGCGUACCAGCGCUGCCGCAAGCAGCAUUGCGAGCGGACGUCCUGGGAGCUCCCUAAGUCGGAGUCACGUCCCGUCGCUUACAUCACACGCUUUCUUCCAUCCCAUGAGCUCUCAGAAGCUACAGGCUCAAAGAAGCGGGACUCGGCCCACAAUGUUGCUCCGGCAGCAGAGUCGUGGCGACAUCGAGCUGUCUCGCGAUGGGCGUAGCGUCACUCGCCAGAGUGUCACGUCGGAUUUCACCAACCCUCAGAUGAUGUCACGCCUGGCUCAGUCGCAUUCGGCCUAUGACAAUGAACCACUGCGGCCACCAGGAUCACGUGGAACCGAGAUCACCGAUCUUGACGGAGGAGUGGACAGGGUCACUGCGAACACCAGCCCAACUUACGGUCACUAUCCGACUGGCAGUUUGUCGGAGAGCGUGCGACCGCUGCAGAGGAAGCCUGGGGAGGGCAGGAACAACAGUCUUACUGUUCGUGUGGAUAGGAACUUCAAGUCAAGGGACAAUCUCCCCACUCCGGUUAGGACUCCCCGCUCCUUCCGCUCCAGCUUUAUGCUUCCGACACGGAAUGGCUCACCGCAGACCGGUGUGAACCGAGACAUCCAGGGUGGCGAGAAGCUCGAGUCUGUUGCUUCCACUCCUCAGCUCAGCCCAGCCGAUGCCGUUGCAGCGACAGCAAACGACUCGAAUGCAGAAAAGAUGGCCGUCGCCGUCGGUCGCAACUUUGAAUUUUUUGAAGGCAACACUGUCUUCUGUUUGGGCGGGCGCUUCCAAAACACCCGGUCGACACCCGUCAACAUAGCUACCGGAUCUCUUGUGGUCAUCCCUUCGGCUCUAUGGUUUGCUUUUAGUGCACCCUGGCUCUGGGACAAUGUCUCGCCCGCAGUUCCCAUAACCUUUGGAUACCUGUUUUAUAUCUGCAUUUCCUCUUUUAUACACGCAUCCGUGUCAGAUCCAGGGAUCCUGCCGAGGAACUUGCAUCAGUUUCCUCCCCCAGACGAAAAUGAAGAUCCGUUGCGACUGGGACCACCAACUACAGACUGGACACUGAUAAGAUCUGCCGAGAGCUCGACGUCUGCAAUGGAAGUGCCGACCAAGUACUGCAGGACAUGCAACAUCUGGCGACCACCACGCACGCACCACUGCCGCCUUUGCGAUAACUGCAUCGAGACGGCUGACCACCACUGCGUGUGGCUCAACAAUUGUGUGGGACGCCGCAAUUACCGGUACUUCUUCGCAUUCGUUACAUCCACCACGUUACUUGCCAUCUACCUCCUUGCGUCUUGCCUAGGGCAGAUAACGACAUACGCUAGUCUGGAAAACAUAUCUGUUGGGCAAGCCAUCGACCACUUUCGUGUACCCUUUGCUCUCGUCAUCUACGGGUUCCUGGGGUUCUUGUACCCAGCCGCGCUAAUGUUCUAUCACAUAUUUUUGAUGGCGAGGGGCGAGACGACGAGGGAGUUCCUCAACUCUCACAAGUUCUUGAAAAAGGACCGGUACAGAGCUUUCACUCAGGGCAACUGGGUCAAGAACUGGAUCGUAGUGCUCUGCAGGCCUCGGCCGCCCACAUAUUACCGCUUCAAGGAGACGGCGGUGCCAGGUGAUCAGAGACUUGCGGCGAGGAAGAGAUCGGAGCUCCGACGGGCCGAGACCAAGGAGGGCAUGGAGAUGCAAGAUGUCGGGUCUGCAAGCGUAGGAUUUCAAGGGCCGACUUCCCGAGCCGCGGCUGCAGCAUGA